CUAAAGAUGGGGUGAUGCCAGGUGCUGACUGGACUCGAUUCAGAGUCCGUGUGAUGUAUUCACAUGACGUGUAUGAGAUUGCCUGUGCAAAGCUGCUAGAGGCAACAAUUACCUCUGAUCUAAAUACUGAAGAUGAGGACAACAGGCCAGAGUACAUGAAGAGAAAGAAUAGAGGCUGUAAAAGAAUUGUAAGCAGCAGUGAAGAGGAGGAAGAGGAGCAGGGAAGGACCGCUGCACUUCGUGCCCCAACCAAAACGAAAACUUACACUCAACUUGCACCAGCCCCCUGCAUCCCAUCUCUUGGUGCUCUAGGUGAAUGGAGUCAGCCAGCUGGUCAAGGUUUUUGGUCCCCAGGCCAUAUUUCAGAGACCACAGUGGAUCCCCCUUCUGAUGCAAACAACUCGGCAGCAAGUCCACGGGCUUCUCCCCUUUCAGCGAACAUCACAGCGCCUAGUCCACCACAGUGGUCUCCAGUCUCCACUACCAACAGCCUGAGUGCUACACCUACAGACACCCCAACCCAUGCAGCAGCUGGCAGAAGUCAGUCAUCAGACCAAACUGGAUUUCAACUCACACCACAAGUAUAUGACACACAACACAGGUCUUCUCGGGAGGCUGUGCCUACAGCAAUUGCUAAGGAGAUUCUCAUCCAGCUCGAUUCUAUUAGGGAGCAGCAGUUGCUCAUCCUGGUGCAGCUCCAAAAAAUCUCCAGCAGUCAAGCAGUUCCAGACUUCACGCCAGACCCAACACAUUUUGGGCUCCCACUUUCAACUAUUGAGGAGCUCCAAUGUUUGGAGGAGACAUUAAAGUAUCCAGAGGAGAAGAAGAAUUUGACUGUUCUUCUUGGAAUGGUCGGAGGCAUGACUCUUAAAGACACCGUGGGGCGGGUCCUGAAAAGAACAAUGAACUCUUCGCUGGCGAGACUCAUUAAUUGGAGUGGGGCCAACCGAAAGCCUGCAUUCAAAGGGCUCACUUUGAAAAGUGUGGUUCUUGAUGCAGUCCGCCGGAAUGCCCUGACCAAAGAUAAUACAGAAAAGGAGAUAGAGCUCCUCAUCACCAGGUGGCUGCAGCUAGCAUCUGAUAGGGAUGGUGGCCGAAGCCAGAGGGCGAAUAGACAGACAAUGAAUUAAACUGUUUUAAAGUUUAAAAUGUUGAUAUUGGAAAAUUCGUAUUUGAACUGAUUGAUUUUUUUUUUUUUUUUUUUUUUUUUUUUU